AUGUUGCGCAAAACCCUUAGCAGGUGGACGUCUAAGCAUGAGGAUGAGUCGAAGGACAUGUGUGCCUUUACUGAACCCUUCUGGCAGUACUACGUCGACUCGCUUACUCGUCAGCAAGGACAUGAGACUCCAGAUUGUUUAGCAACUAACCCACAAAAAUACCAUGCCAGUUCCUCUGCGGUGGUUCAAGUGAAAGCAUUAUUCGGGCCAGAGCUUCCUCAGCCGUCGACGUUCCAAGUUAUCUCGUCUCUCAAGUCGCCAUUCAGUCAAGGCGAUGUAGUCAAGGCAUACCACUUCAUCCGUUACUUCCAAAUCAGUGAGAGUGGUUUUUUCAUCACCAACGAUGGCCUGGAGCGUACAGGUGCACAGAUCCAGUUGGUAGGGGCCGAAAACUGGGAAAAUGUCAUGUGCUAUCUCGACUCCCUUCUAUUCUCUAUGUUCGCCAAUCUCGACAGUUUCGAACCCAUAUUGUUCAUUCUGAAUCAGCACUCAAAUCACUUGGUAACGCAACUUCUGGGCUUGCUUCGAGUGUAUGUUAAUCUCAUGCGGCUGGGUAAUCUCAUCACCACGGAUAUUACCCAAAGAUUAUGCGAAUGUCUCAUGAAAUUAGGCUUUGAAGAAGCCCUUAGCCAUAGACAACAGGAUUCCGCUCCACUCUUUGAGUUUCUUACAGAAACUCUUUCAAUGCCCCUUCUAACGUUCAGGGUUGAAAUCCAGCAUCACGGCAAACAUGAAGAGGACGAUACGAAGUACUCAAGAGAGAGAAUCUUGUUUGUAUCCGUACCAGGUGAUGACGAUGACGAGCAUAAAGAGCCGGUGAAGUCGGCAAAUGAGCAUGUGGAAGUGACUGACUUGGAAGACAAUUCCGUGCUUUUGGAAGAGUGUUUGGAGCAUUACUUCAAUAACUCCAUUUCUGUGAAGAGAGAAUUAGAACGCAGAGCCACUUUAGACAGCCAGCAGCGGCCAUUAAAAGAGAGUUUUAUUGAUCUGCUACCGCUGACUCCGGCUGCUCGUCCACGUACAAAUUCAAAUCUAACUUACGGCAGAGGUCCUGAUAUCAAUGCACAGACUAGAACUCGCGCAUCUACACUAUCCAUAUGGUCGAUAUCAAGCUUCGAGUCUAAGCCCCGAGAAGUAAUGCUUCCCGCUUGGAUGCUUUUGCGCCUUUUGCCAUUCUACACCGACGAUAACAAUGAGGAUAUUGUGCGUAAUUCUAAAGAGUUCGCUAACCGCAGGCCGGUGGUUCCCAUCUGCUUAAAACGCUAUUCAUUUUCUGCUGCAAACCAGCAAGCAAGUCGUUCGAAAAAGAAAAUCAUUAUCCCUCCAGUCAUUGACUUGCCUCUGUUUGUUGCAGACGAUGACCAAUCUGACGAAGUUAUGGGCGGCUUCAAAUUGAUUUUAGAAAGUGCAGUGUGUCACCGUGGCACUACCAUUGCCUCCGGUCAUUUUGUAUCUGCAGUGAGGAAAAAUGCUCACAUGGACAGUAACUUUUCUGAGCCCACUGUGGACUCUCCUUGGUAUUUGUAUGAUGACAUGAAAAACCCUCGUGUCACCACCAAAACUUUUAAAGAAAUCUUUGACAAGGAAUGGCCCUACAUGUUGUUCUACCGAUUAGUUUCGGCAGAGGAUGAUGCGAAGCCUCCAUCUAAAAUGCUGUCCAUGAAAUCUUUUGGGAAGUCAAGUCCCAUGACUGCGCCUGAAGGCUCGAAGACUAAAUUUUGGAAAGAAGAGCCUUUGUCCAGGAUACCUUCUAUAUCUUCACAAUCAGACCUGGAAGGUGUAGUGAAUUCGAGCUCUCGUUUAGACAUUACCCAUGUCGUAUCUUCUAUUAGCUCUGAGGGUGCAUCGAGUAUUCCAAUCCCGAGCAUUCUUCCGAAUACUCCAAACUUUAUUGAUAUCCGCAAACGUUAUCUCUGGUACGUCACUGACAAAGAAAAGAAUUACUACAAAGAGUCUGCAUCUUUCUCAAAAACUGGAAGUCGAAACCCUAGCAUCUCUGUCACUCCUCAGUUUCGGAGAAACAGCCAAUGGAGUGAUGUCUCUAAUAUCAGUGGCCUUAUACUUGAGGGAAACGAGGUGCCGACAAGAAAGGCGUCUGAUAAAGAGAAAACAAUACCUGAAAAGGCUGAGAAGGAAGAAGUGGAUCCAUCAUUGGCCCGUGUUGAAGAAAAAAAGGAAGAAGCUCCAAACCUGCACCACAAGGAGCAUCACUUUUCACAUCAUCACAAUACUAGCAAUCAUGAGAGUGAAGCAUUGUCGCCGUCAUCAAAGAAACACUUGCGCAAGCGGCGAGCGGAUUACAAGCAUGAAAAAUGCGUUAUUAUAUGA